CCUCGGGGCUGGGGCACGGCGGGGACUCGCAGGCCGUGGCCGGGCUGUGUCCGGCGGCGGGCAGCGGGGUGGCUCCGUGCUGGAGGCACGGGGCUGCGGGGCCGGCUGCCGGAGGCUGGCCGUGCCCCGUGGUGAGCCUGGGGUCAGCCCCGUCAGGGGUUCGAGCCGCCCGCCCUGGGGCUUGUGGCUGAUACUUUGUACGUGAGGCUGCUCCCGGCGCCUGUGUUAACGCUGGUGUCGCCCCGUGGGCUUGUUCUUCUCCCAGCGCAGGCUGAGGUCCCGCAGGGCAGCGGGAGCGCUGCCUCCUUCACGUCUCCGAAGCCAUCCGCACGUGCCUCAGGUCUUGAUGUCCCCCUGAAGCGGUCUCGGACUCGAACCCACGGCACCGCAUCACACAGCAGCGCCCUGCCUGGGUCCGGUGUCUGACGCUCUCCCGGCACCUCUCUCGGUGGCGCUGCCCGGUUAGGUCAGGGUGUGGGCACCUAUGUUUCGUGUCCAGUGAUGUCCAGCCAGGUCCAGCGAUGGUUGCUGGUGGAACGUUGCACGUAUGGGUUGUCUGGUGGCUGGCAGGUGGGUUGUGAGCACACAGGUGGACCCCGUGGGUUAGCAAGAGCGUAGUGCUGCCUCUCUUGCUCCCAGGGCAUUGGGGCUGACCCUCUCACCUCCUGCUGACCCUCUCACCUCCCGCUCUGCCACACCACAGGGAUGGUUAUGUGCCGCUCCCUUUGGGAGCUAAACUUGUGUUCUGUCAGCCACAACACAGGGAUGUAGCUUCAGGAGAAGCGUCACGUUGCCACCGGGCUGCCGACUACUUCUUGGCACCGCAGCAGCGUGUCACUUUCCCUUUUGCUUAAGCACAACAGUAGUCUGGAUCCGCUCCUGCUCAUAGCGACAACGAUGCGGCUGUGUCCAGACGUCGUGUGCUGGGAACAAGCUUUACAAUCUUCACUGACAAAAGAUGUGGCUGAACUGUUUGCCUAUGGAAAAACUUCCAAGGGGCUUGAACGUCAACAUUUGAACAUCUGGAGGAGCAACCGAGGAAGUGCCCGAAACUUCUCCAGUGCCAGAAUUACCUCCUGGUCACAAAAGUUUAGCAGCAAUUUGGGCAGCUUGGGGAAAGGAGCCAGGGACCUUUUCUCACUGGUACACUUGGAAAGAAAAUGGAAGCAUCCAUUGUAAAAGGAAAGAAAACAGAGAAUUCAGAUUUACCACCGAUUUCAAAUUCUCUUCCAGUUCUGAAGAUGUGAUUAGUGCGGAACGCUGAAGCUUGCGCUUUAAAAGGGGAAGUGCUGUGAACACUGUUACUGGCUGUAGAAAAAUGGACAUGUUGCAGAUACUGCGUAAAACCACAGAGCGCUUAGAGUGCGAUCACUGCAGCUUCAGAGGAACGGACUAUGAAAACAUACAAAUUCACAUGGGCACCAUACACCCAGAGUACUGUGAUGAGAUGGAUGCUGCUGGCUUGGGUAAACUUAUAUUUUAUCAAAAAAGCGCAAAACUGUUUCACUGCCACAAGUGUUUUUUUACCAGCAAGAUGUAUUGCAAUGUGUAUUACCACAUCACAGCACAACAUGCGGCGCCUGCGAAAUGGAAUGAGGAGAGGAAAGAACAGGUAGAAGGAGAUUCCGAUUCCUCCAAAAAGAGUGGCACGUCGGAGCCACAGAAACCUACCCUUUCCCCCGAGUCCCGCAAAGCUGCCCUUUCUCCUGAACUCCCCAAGUCUGAACCUGUCGUUUCCCCCAAGCUUCAGAAAUCAUCAGGGUCUCCGGAGUCCCAGAAGUCAGCUCAGGGUACUUUCUCAGACCUGGAGAAGUCAGCCCAGGCCCCGUCCCCAGAUCCAGAAAAGUCAUCCCAGGCUGCAUCUCCAGAUCCAGAGAAGUUAGCCUCAGCUGUGUCCCCUGACUCAGAGAAGCCGUCCCCUGCUGUGUCCCCAGACCCGCAGAAGCCAGCCACUGGUGUUUCCCCAGACCCGCAGAAGCCAGCCUCUGCUGUUUCCCCAGACCCCCAGAAACCAGCCCCGGCAGUGUCACCCGAGCCCCGCCGCCACUCCCCAGCGGUGUCACCCGAGCCCCGCCGCCACUCCCCAGCAAUGUCACCCGAGCCCCGCCGCCAUUCCCCUGCUGUGUCACCCGAGCCCCGCCGCCAUUCUCCCGCCGUGUCUCCGGAGCCCCGCAGGUACUCCCCAGGUGUGUCCCCAGAGCCAAAGAAACCUCCUCCGGCCGUGUCCCCCGAACCACGAAGGUACGCCCCGGCUGUGUCUCCAGAGCCCCGGCGGCACCCUGCUCAAACGCGCAGGCCUGCUUCGGCUUCCUCUCCUGAAAGCCGGAGGCCUGCUCCCGCGGUUUCGCCGGAGUCAUGGAGGCCUGGUCCCACUGCUUCCCCCGAACACUGGAGAUCCACGCCUCAUGAGAUGCAGAAGUCUUCUACUGUUUCUCCCUGGGCUUCAAAGCCCUCCAUGUCCGUGGAGUCCCGGAGGUCUGUCCCCGAGUCCCGAAGGUCUGGCCCUGUUGCAUCGCCAGAGCCUAGGAGGCUUGUUUCUGACUCGUGGAAGUCUACGUCCUUUUCUGAAUCCCAGAAGUCUACUCUUGUUUCUUCUGAGCCGUGGAAACCCAUCUCAUCUGUUUACCCUGAAGGCUGGAAACCUGUUCUGUCCCCGGACACGUGGAAGCAUUCUCCCUCUGUUUCUCCUGAGCUUCGGAAGUCUAGUCAUGCUGUUUCGUCUGACUCUUGGAAGCCUUCUUUCUUUCCUGAGGUUCGUAAGCCUUCUGCUUCGGUGUCUUCUGAAUCUUGGAAACUCUCUGAGUCACGGAAAUCUAUGUUUUUUUCUGAAUCUCAGAAGUCCACCUCUGCUGCUUCCUCUGAGGUUCAGAAACGGGGCCAUUUCUCUGAACAUCGGAAAAGAGCUCUGUUCCCAGAGUCACGUAAAUCUAAUCCUGCUGUUUCUGCCGAUGUCCAGAAACGUGCUGUCUUUUCUGAACCUCAGAAUCAGGUGUCUACAUCUGUUGCUUCUGCUGAAGGCCAUAAACAUGCCUCAUGUUCUGAAGCCCAGAAGUCAGCUCUUGUUUCUCCUGAGGUCCAGAAGCAUGCCCUAUUUUCUGAAGCCCAGAAACUUGUUCCCAUUUCCCCUGAAAUUCAGGAGCAUGCUUCUUUUCCAGAGUCUCAGAAAUCAGCUUCUCCUGAAAUUCACAAACAUGGCCUCUUCUCUGAGGCCCAGAAACAGUCUCUUUGUGUUUCUUCAGAAACCCCCAAACAAGGUAUUUUUACUGACUCCCAUAAAUCUGCUGUAUCCCCUGAUAUUCAAAAGCAAGCUGUAUUUUCUGAGAUGCAGAAACCUGCUGCUUCUUUGUCUUCUGAUGUCCAGAGACACACUGAAACUACUGUACCUUCUGAAAUCCAGAAAAACAUGCUGUUUUCCGAGUCUCAUAAGUCUGUUGCAGGUUUUUGCUCUGAGCCCCAGACACCUAGUGAGUCUGGUGAGAGUGACUUUCUGUCUCAAAGUUUAGAUGAUCAGAAACCACUGGAUGACUUGUUUUCACAGGACGAACAAUCCAUAUUAGCCAAAGAAUCACCAGAAGACAUGUUAUACUCGUGUCCGAAAAAGAAGCCCAGGAAGGAAAACCAGGAGAACUCGGAUUCGGAACUAAACAGCAGCGAGUGUGGAAAAACGGAGAUGGACUCGAUGGAGAUGAAGGAGCAAGAAUCCAACAGUGACCAAGAGCAGUAUGAUAUGGAAUCGUCUGAUUACAGCAAAGAGAGCAAAAUGGAUGCGUCUACUCCCAUUCAGCCGCAGUGCGUGCUGCAGUUUACCGAGGAGAAAGAGGCUUUCAUUUCUGAGGAAGAAAUAGCAAAAUACAUGAAGCGUGGCAAGGGAAAGUAUUACUGCAAAAUUUGUUGCUGUCGUGCAAUGAAAAAAGGUGCUGUCUUGCAUCACUUAGUCAACAAGCAUAAUGUUCAAAGCCCAUACAAAUGCAAAAUAUGUGGCAAGGCUUUUCUCUUGGAGUCUCUUCUUAAAAACCACGUUGCUGCUCAUGGUCAAAGUUUGUUGAAGUGUCCACGGUGUAAUUUUGAAUCAAAUUUUCCCCGAGGCUUUAAGAAACAUUUAACCCAUUGCCAAAGCCGUCACAGUGAUGAUGCACCUAAAAAACAUUUGGACAGCCUUGAACCACUUGAAGAACAAAUUUAAGGUGUUUUUUCCCUUGUGCUAGAAAAGCGGAAUUUACAAAAGUGUUCGAAAAGUGUUGCUGUAUGUUAACCGAGUAGUUUAGCUGAUCUGACAAGUCAGAAGAUGCAUGGUUUAUUGUACUAUGUUUAACUUGUCUUAUAGCUGUUUUACUGAAAUGAUUUACAAAUGACAAAAGUCAUUUUAAAUACAUGUUCAUGUCUUUUUAUUACCCAUCAGUAGAGUCAUUUUAUUUUUUUGGAUGUACUAUGUUUUUGAAACCAAAAUGGAUACAAUUAGUUUUGUAAAGAUUUGUAAAACAUACAGGCAAUUCAGGACUGGAGCGGCGAGCAACCCUUAUAUUCCCAUGAAGAAUGAACAUGUUUUUUCACAUUUGUUAAAUGUUUUAUUUUUUAAAAUGUUUUUAUCAAAUUCUUAAAGUGAAAGUUCUUACCAAAUUAAAUGUGAAUGAGCCAGGCAUGAGUAAUUACCAACUGUUCUGGAAUGAUUCUCCUCUGAGGUUGUAAUUGAGUGUAUAGUCAUUUGUGGGAAAUUUCUUGCACUCAAUUCUUUGUCUUUUCUCAGAUUUAAAAGCAUCAUGGUACUGAUUGUGAUUCUGUAUUUUGACCAUGUUUUAAGCAUGUACUAAUAUACAUUAAAUUGAUGAAUUAACGUCAGACUGUAUAGCUCAACAUUUUCUCUUGAUAAUUCAGAUGUUUGUAACGUCAGAAGAAAUAAAAUUCUUGUAUCUGGUGAAAUGUAAUGCUUUAAUCUUUUCAUAAUAAAAAAACAAAAC